CAAGGUUUGUUGAAGCCGUCCCAGCUGUAGUGGAACACGAUGGAACUUAGCGUUGAGCCCAGUGUCGCCUCGUACGAUGCCGGCCCCGGCCUUCCCUUUGCCGACCAGCCGCCCUACUCGCUGAUGGUUUUGAUCAAACUGUUGGAGCUGAACAGUGGCAGCGACGAACCUGAGGAACAGCAGCAGCAGUACACGCUUUCGCUGCAGUGCGGCAAGGAAAAGGAUGAUGCCGUCGGGACGCUGACCAUGCUGAACACGAUCAAGCCGGGCAUUGUGGUGAGCUUACAGGAGGAUGCGGAAAAGUUUGCCCGCUUCUUGACGGACAGCACCGUCGAGGUGGCCAUCAAGCCGAACGACUCGCCGCACAGCUACCGGGGCGUGCUGCAGCUCAAGGACACCAAAGUGAUGGCGUUCGAUCCGACCGCCGACAGUGGCACACCGGUGGCCGAACAGUUCCCCUUGCACGAUGCGUCCUCGUCCAAGCAGGUGGGCAUGGUCUCGAUGGUACUGCAGGUCGUGCGCAGCGUUGCUCCGGUCGAUCCGCUCGCCUCGUUCGAUGUGCUGUACCGCAUCAACGACAGCAAGCUGAAAUCGGCCGACAGGCAGGAGGCGGAGGUGCGCCAGCUGCUCGCCUGCCCCAAGUGCAGCCUGCCGCGAGCGAACGGCGAUUCGUGCUGCGGGUACGAGAUUGUAGAUGGCAUUCUGAGCAAGAAGAUGGUGUCCAGCACGGAGCAGAUGAUCGAGCGGAUCAAGGAGAAGAUCAAUCAGGUCAAGCUGGACGAUGCGAUUGGGCAGCGGGACUCCGUUUCCGACACCGACGGGUGCGGCAAGUUCUGCGCCCAGUGCGGUGGGCUGACCAUUACCGGUGCAACCUGCGCAUCGUCGGUCGCCAAUGUCCGCCCAGGUCGUGCACGUUCGUCCCACACGGUGGCGGAGAAUCGUGCCGACGAAGGACUGGCCUGUGGAAAGGAUUUGAGCGGUCGCAAAAGCAUUAAGAAGACGACCAAAUCAUCUAUCCGUUGCUGCGAGCGUUGCAAGGCUUGCUUGGAUUGGCUGCCGGAGGCGUGCUGCUGCCCGAAGUGUGGCUACAAGCCGAAAAAACAAGCAUCCCGCUCCCGGUUCUCGCUGCCGGCGUACUUCAACGCUCCCUCGGUCGCUAUCGAUCAGCACCGGCCCGAUGAGCAGGACUCGUCGCUGCGUGGUUCCGACACGAUGGUAGCCUCGUCCGACUCUUGUCGGCUGUGUAACAUUUGCAAAACACGCUGCAUUGAUUGCGCAAACCAGAUCAGCCAGCAGGGAGACCGUACCUCCACUAGCUCGUUCAGCACCGGUCCGCGCCAGUCGAAACACAUCACACAGGUCCAUCGACGGUCCACCGUCGCCAAUGUAGCGGCCGCGAGACCUAUGACGCGUCGUCCCUGGCGUACGGAGCGGGAAGCAAAGGCUUCCGGCUCGGCGGUAGGGCUGGACAAUGGCCAAGGUAAGCGCAAGGAGCAGAUGCAACAGGUGUACGGCAGUAAAGGGCAGCAGGAUCUGAAAAGCGGCCAUAACACAGCCGUGAAUGCGAAUGUGAAACAGCGGCCGACGGCGAAACAGAUCCGCAAACAGUACAACGCGACCGUGCGCAAAAUUAAGCACCAAAACCGGAACCUGUACUCGUAUCGGUUCGGCAAGCGCCAUCCGGGCAUUGUGGUCGGCCAUCGGACGUGCAUGAAGCGUGAUCCGCUCGUGCCGGCCCACAUGGGCUGGCAGUGGGACGUGUGUCCGCCCGGCAUCGGCAAGCGGCGGCCCGGUUGGCGCCCGGGAGCCGUGCGGCGGCCGAUCAUGCAGCUGAUGCAGCACUUCCUCAAGUGCUACCCGCUGGACAAUGUGCCGGUAACGAAGCGUAAGUCGGUCGGUUUCCAAGGGGCCGAGCGGGAGGAGGACGGUGACAAGAAGCAACGGCCCACCCUGCACAUCACGCGCAAGCAUGGCGAGUACGCGAUCACGAUGCAUCCGCUUAAGGAUUCGGCCACCCUGCAGACGACGGACGAUCCGUACCUGCCCUGCAAGCCGAUCAAGUUCAAGCUGGCCAAGGACCCGCAACGCACCAAGCUGUACCUGCUGCGGGACGCCCUGAAGCGCAAGGGUUUGCCGCUGUGCGGCUGCAAGGAGCUGACCGACUGUGGCCACUGUACCGAGCGCGAGAAGCGCCUGCUCGCGGAAGAGAUACGCCGCUCUUCAAAGGUGCUCGGCCUUUCGGCGAAAACGUCCAUCGCGGACAUACCGAGCGGCAGCGAGAGUGAGCUGGACGUGGAGUUUACCCCACCGUCGGCGAUCAUCCGGCCGGACAUGAAGCGGCCGGACGUGGUGGUGGCCGAAACGCAGUACAACGUGCAGGACUUCCAGCUCAAGCCGGUCGGGGACGAGAAGGACGGCAAGGGCAAAGCUGCCGCUGCUGCCGGACGCGGCCAUGGCAAGGGAGAUGGAGCGGGCUCAAAAUCCACCAACCAGAAAGGCGCGGCGGGCAGUAAGAAGGGAGCUGCCGGUGGGCCGGAUGCAGGCGGCACGAAGGUUCGCAUAUCGGUCACGAAAGCUAAAGGGGCGGCAGGAAAAGGACCUGGCGGAGGAGCAGCGAAAGGAAACGAACCCGGCGGAAGGGGCAACAAAAACGCGUCGCGGCCCUCCCAGCAGGGCGCCGGUGCCGUUGGUGAAGGAGCGGGCAGCCGCCCCAAUCAGCGCGCCGCCAACGGUAAGGGCCCCGGCGACGGCCACGGCACCAAGGUUAACGUUCAGCAGCGGAGUGCCCUGUCCAGGGGGAAACAGAUCGGCAUGGAUAGCUCGUUAGUGUGCGAUCGCAUCCCGCAGGCCGUGCCGCAGUCGCUGAUGGUCGGCUGCUGCCCGACGGUCGCCUACUGCUGCUAUCCGACGCAAUGCUUACCUUGAGCACGGAGCUCAUCACACCGCUGGCCGACUUUUGGACCGGAAUCGACAGGAAGGGUAUCGCAAAAUCUAUCUCCACCUGUCCCCGGGGGAGGGAGGAAGAAACCGGGAGCGGGAAAAAGGAAUUACGUUACCAAAUUUGCGUUUAGAGAUAUAAAAAAGUCCUAUUUUUCUACCGUUUUUUAAA